AUGUUCACACACAAAUCCACAAACAACUCCCGACCUAGACUCUUGAACAAGCCCAGUGCUGGCCAUUCCAAGAGGAGGAAUGCAGACAGUCAUGCCAGUCAAAACGAAAAGGAUGAAGAAGAAGAAAAGCUCCAAAACCUCAAAGAAUUUCGAGAACGAAAAAAGUUAGAAGAAAUUGAAAUUGAUAAACGUUUCUUCGGAGCACCAAUAGAAGGCACCAAACAACUUGGAUGGUUGUUGAACUUUCGAUCGACAAGUGUACCUGAAAAAUUAGCAACUGGUGGUUCAGAAAUGGAAGACAACAUUCAUUCAUCAAGUUUGGAUGUUUCUGCUGUUGUUUUGUACUUUAUCAGUGAUGAAGGAGAAUAUUUUUCUGUCACCAAAGUAUUUGAACCCUAUUUCUAUAUCGCUGUGAAGGAUGAUCACUCUUUUACUGAAGUGAGCAAUUAUUUGACAUCUUUAGAUCCAUUGGUUUCUCUUGACAUUGUUGAGAAGGAAGAUUUGAAUAAGAUGAACCAUCUCUCGGGAAUUAAAGCAAAAUUUAUGAAAUUGAAAUUCAAGAAUGUUCAGCAGCUCAUGGAAAUGAGAUCUAAAUUAUUACCAAUUAUUGAAAAGAAUAAGAAAAAGAAUCAAAACUCAUUUGAAGUACUAGAAGAAGAAUUACUUGAAGAAAAAGAUUUUGAAGAUGAGUUCUUGGAUGAUUUGGAUGACUAUGAAAGAGGAAUUCGAAGAAAGAGAAAAGCCAAACUUUCAACAAUGGAUUGUGUUGAUAAAAUUAUUGACAUUCGAGAAUAUGAUAUCAAGUAUCACAUUCGUUGUGCCAUUGACAGUGAUUUGAGAGUUGGUUAUUGGUACGAUGUUUCUAUUGAAGAAGGAACUGUUGUACUCUCAAUGCGACAAGAUAUUGAAGAAAGAGCCAUUCCUAAAGUUUGUGCAUUUGAUAUUGAAACUACCAAACCUCCUCUCAUGUUUCCUGAUCCUCAAUCUGAUCGAAUUAUGAUGAUAUCUUACAUGAUUGAUGGUCACGGUUACUUAAUUGUGAAUCGUGAAAUUGUAUCAGAAGAUAUUGAAAAUUUUGAUUACACACCCAAAGACGAAUUUCCAGGUUAUUUCGAAGUAUUUAAUGUUGAAAAUGAGAAGGAGUUAUUGUUAAAAUGGUUUUCACACAUGCAAGAAGAGAAACCUUGUGUCUAUGUCACUUACAACGGUGACUACUUUGAUUGGCCUUUCAUUGAAGAAAGAGCAAAAGUAUAUUCACUCAAUUUGAGAGAACACGUUGGUUAUUACAGACUCUCAGGAGAUAGCAAGAGAUUAGGAUCGGACACAGAAUAUGGUAGUUCCUUUGGUGUUCACAUUGACUGUUUGUAUUGGGUCAUUAGAGAUAGUUAUUUACCUCAUGGUUCACAUGGAUUGAAAGCAGUGACUAGAGCCAAACUCAAAUACGAUCCUAUUGAGGUAGAUCCAGAAGAAAUGCUUCCUCUUGCUUCCUCAGAACCACAAAAAUUAGCUUCCUAUUCAGUUUCAGAUGCUGUUUCAACUUAUUAUCUAUAUAUGAAGUAUAUCAAUCCUUUUAUUUUCUCAUUGUGUAAUAUCAUUCCAAUGCCUCCAGAUGAAGUAUUGAGAAAGGGUUCAGGAACUUUGUGUGAAACUUUAUUGAUGGUUCAAGCAUUCAAAGGAAAUAUUAUUUUCCCAAAUCGAUAUCAAUCAGAUCCAGAGAAAAUGUAUAAGGGACACUUGAUUGCCAGUGAGACCUAUAUUGGAGGUCGUGUGGAAGGUUUAAAAUCCGGUGUGUAUCGAUCCGAUAUUCCACACUCUUUCAAAUUGAAUCCAAAUCGAUAUCAAACACUGAUUGCCAAUGUGGAUCGAGCUCUUCGAUUUUCUAUUCAAGUUGAACAACAACUCGAGGUGGAUCAAGUGGCUAACUUUGAUGAAGUGAAACAAGAAAUUAUUGAUGCCUUACUCAAGUUGAAAGAAACACCUGAGAGAAUGGAAUGUCCAAAAUUGUACCACUUGGACGUUGGUGCCAUGUAUCCAAAUAUUAUUUUAACACAUCGAUUACAACCCUCUGCCAUGGUCAAUGAAGAUACAUGUGCUCAAUGCAUUUAUAACAAACCAGAGAAUGAUUGUAAGAGAAUUAUGAAAUGGCAUUUCAGAGCUGAAUAUUUCACAGCCACUCGUUCGGAAUUUAAUAUUGCAAAGAAUACACUCAUGAAUGAAAACCCAGAUUAUACCAACGAAGAAUUGAGAAAACGAGUCGGUGAAAUUAGUCAAAAAGCUCACAAAAAGAAAUACAAUAAGGAGAGUAUGGUUAAAGAUGCCACUAUUUGUCAACGAGAAAAUCCAUUCUAUGUGAACACUGUGAGAGAAUUUCGUGAUCGAAGAUAUGUGUUGAAAGAUAAAACAAAAGAAUGGAAAGACAAGAUGAAAGAUCCAGAGUUUGAAGAAAAAGCCAAAGUCAUGCUCGUUCUGUAUGAUUCUCUUCAACUUGCACACAAAUGUAUUUUGAACUCGUUCUAUGGCUAUGUCAUGAGAAAAGCAGCUCGAUGGUAUUCUAUGGAAAUGGCAGGUGUUGUAACAUAUAAUGGAGCUCAAAUUAUUAGAAUGGCAAGAGAAUUAAUUGAUGAUAUUGGAACUUCACUUGAAUUAGAUACUGAUGGUAUUUGGUGUAUGCUUCCUGGUUCAUUCCCUGAAAACUUUACACUCAAAUUAACGAAUGGAAAGAAGAGAACUAUUUCAUAUCCAUGUUUAAUGUUAAAUGCAGAUGUUGCACAGAAUUUUAGUAACAAUCAAUAUCAAAAUUUCAAUCCCGAGACUGGACAAUGGGAAAAACGUUCAGAAUGUUCCAUUUUCUUUGAAGUGGAUGGACCUUAUCGUGCCAUGAUCUUACCAGCCUCAAAAGAAGAAGGAAAAUCUAUCAAGAAAAGAUAUGCAGUAUUCAAUCAUGAUGGAACAUUGGCCGAAUUGAAAGGAUUUGAAAUUAAGAGAAGAGGUGAAUUGAAAUUGAUCAAAAUUUUCCAAUCUCAAGUCUUUGAACAAUUCUUGAAAGGUCUAACUCUCAAAGAAUGUUAUGAUUGUGUUGCAGAAAUUGCGAAUCGAUGGCUUGAUAUUCUUUACACAAAAGGUGAAGGAAUUGAAACAAAACAACUCUUUGAUUACAUUACAGAAAGUUCAAAUAUGAGCAAAAAGCUUGAAGAAUAUGGAAAUCAAAAAGCAGCAAGAAUUACUGCUGCUAAAAGACUUGUGGACUUGUUUGGAGAACAAAUGGUUCGAGAUAAGGGAUUAGUCUGUAGUUAUAUUGUGGCUAAAAAACCUGAAAAUGCAAGCGUGACAGAACGUGUCAUUCCAACAAUAGUUUUUCAAAAAGAAGAAUCUGUCUGUCUUACAUUCUUGAGAAAAUGGACCAAAGAUAAUUCACUCACAGAAAUUGAUUUGAAAGAAAUUGUGGAUUGGGAUUAUUAUAUUGAACGAUUGGGAAGUGCCAUUCAAAAGAUUAUUACCAUUCCUGCUGCAUUGCAAGCCAUUGAAAAUCCAGUGCCGAGAGUGAAACAUCCAGAUUGGUUGUUGAAGAAAUUGAAAGAGAAUGAUAGUCAAUCGAAACAGAGAUCUCUUCUCUCCAUGUUGAAAUCAAGUUCUUCCACUAUGGAAGAUGUGAACUCGGAUGUUAUGGAUUCAUCAGACUCCACCGAUGAGGAUGGAUGGACUCUGAAACGUAAAUUGGAUGAAAACCACUUGUCUGACGAUGAACAAGUUUCACAAAAAAAGAAAAAACCAAACAAGAAGAAGAAACAACAACAUGAAUCCAGCGAUGAUGAAGAGACCAAUGCUCCACUUGGAGAUGGUACCAUGGCAUCCUUUGUUCAAUUCUAUUCCAAUCAACUUAAAGAUUUAGUAUGGCAUAUUCUUGAAAUUAGAGAAACAGACACACCAGGACUUCUCAAUCUCUUUAUUUGUGUGGGAGGCAAGAUGAGAACGAUGAAAAUUAAGGUACCACGUGUGAUUUAUCUCAAUUUCUAUAAGAAACAACAGUAUGAUGUAGAACCAAGAAAGAAACUUCCAAUGCUCUCAAGUCUUUUAUCAGAAAAUUCAGUGACUAACAAACAAGAAACAUUCCUCUAUAAGAAGAAAUUUGAUGAAGUUGUUUAUCAAAAGAAUUUACAAAGCAUGUAUUCUGAAUUUUCUAAUCCUGAUAUUCAAGGAGUGUAUGAAACUCAAAUUGAUCCAGUGUUAAGAUCCAUACUUUAUAUUGGUGCAUUAUGUAAGGUAGAUCCAAAAUCGAGAAGCAAAUUAGAUUCCACUUCUGUCUUGUCUGUUUCUGAUUUGAUUCAAAUCGAUGGAAAUAUUUCUAAAAAGACAAGAGGUGUCUCCUAUUUGAAUGAUAUCAGUAAUUUACAGAAAUUAUAUUUAUUUGAAAGUUACUCAGAUGUGAGAGGAAUUAUUGGAUUGUUUUCAUUUGCCACUAAGAAGGCAUACAUCUUUUUGAUUCAUUCUGUUGAGAUUCAAACCGUUGGUCUUCAUCCAGAUCGAAUCUUUGAUGAAGUUUUGGAUCAAUUAUUGCAAACAAAUUCACAAUUGAAUAUUACAGAAAUUGAAGAAUUUGAACUUGAUGUUUACAAGAAUCGAAAUGAUGUGAUUCGUGAAAUUAAUAACAUUUUAACACGAGAAAGAAAGGCCUCUUCCUUAUUAAUGGUACAAUCUCCAUUCUCAUUCCAAACCAAGACUGCUGCAGAGCAAGCUCCUAUUUUAUCUGAAAUUCCAAUUAUUGCCAUUCCUUUCAAUGAUGAAGAUAACAAGUAUCAACAUGCUCUCUCUGGUUAUUGGAUGAAUCAAUGUGUGAAACAAAUGUUCAUUCGAUAUUGUGCCAUUGAAAAGUGGUAUCAAGAUAUGGUCAGCUACAGUAAUUAUUGUGGUAUUCCAAUUGGUAAUAUUGAAUCCAAUGACUUUGUCAUGUUCCUUAUUGAUAUCAUGUUAGGAAGAUCUCUUCAAGAAAAUUAUGUGCUGUGGUUGAGUAAGGCCAACAAACCUGAUUUGGGUGGAUGUGAAAAUGAUGCUCUUCAACAGCAAGCUCUCAUCAGUGAUGAACAAUUAUAUUCUAGAAGUGGAUCUUUUAUUAACCAUUCAGCAUGUUAUCACUCUGUUUGUGUGGAAUUUGAAUUGAGCCAUUUGGAUAUCAAUGCGAUACUUCAAAGUAAUUUCAUUGAAGAAACUUUGGAUGAGAAAAACACGAAUGCAUCGAAAUUUGCUUCAACUCCUGAAGUAUUCAAGAUAUUCAAGCAAUUAGUUUCUAAAUUAUUUGCUGAUGUCCACAAUGAAGAAGCAUUGUCACCUCAAGUACCUGAUCUGAUUUUAGCAAACUUGUAUCGAUGGUGUAGCAAUUCUCAUGCCAAGAUGUAUCAUCCAGAAAUCCUAUCCUUUGUUUAUAGACUUCAAAAGAAAGCAUUUCUUCAAUUAUGUGCACAUUUAAAGAAAUCUGGAUGUAGAAUUAUUUAUGCCAAUUUUACCAAAGUUGUGAUUGACACGGGAAAGAACACCAUUGAUGAAGCAACCAUUUAUACAGAUUAUCUAAAAUCAAGUCUUCAACAACAAAAACUCUUUGCAUGGAUUGAUAUUGAAGUUAAAAACAUGUGGAGUAAUCUUUUAUGGUACAAUCCAAGAAAUUACUUGGGAUUUAAAGAAGAUCAAGAAACUGAAACUGGUCUCGUUGCAGAUCCUCAAAUUGAUAUUCUUGAUGAACUUCCACAAGCUGUGAAAACUCAUUUAAUUUUCUAUGUAUCGACAUACAUGUAUGAAUGUUUAAAGUUUAGAAGAUCUCUCGAUGAGAAAAUGUCCACCAUGAAACCAGAAGAAUUUCACAAGAGUCAAGAAGAGCAUGCACAAGAAUUUCUCUCUACCAAAUAUUCCGAAAGUCUCAUGGAUACGAUGAGUAAUCAAUUGAAACAAUUAACCAUGCAAGUGAUGGAUAGCAACAACACCAAUGGAAAAGACAUUCGAUUAGAAUUUGUCAAUGCACUGUGUCAUUUACUUUCCAUUGAUCUAUUCAUUCGAGAUGAAGUGAAUGUUUUGAAACGAUCCUUAUUGAAAUUAUUAGGUGUGAAAGAAUUCUCUCCAGAAUCUAUUUUCAAACGAACUCAACAUUCAUUCAAACUUCCAGAUAUGAUUUGUUCUUAUUGCAGUUCAUGUUUUGAUCUUGAAUUAGGAAAAGGACACGAUCAUGGUUUCAAAUGUCAACACUGCACGAGUGAUUUUGAUAAGAAUCUCAUUGAGGGAAAACUCAUUGAUUUCACACAAAACAAAAUGAUUAGUUAUCAAUUACAAGAUUUGCAAUGCUCUCGAUGUUCACAAAUUAAUCCAAAUAAUGUCAUGGAACGUUGUACUUGUUCUGGUAAAUGGAUUCCAGCACAAGCAGAAAAUAAGAGUGAAAAGAUAUUUGAAACACUUCGAUUAUUGGAAUCGAUUGCUGAGCAGUAUCAUUUUGAAACAUUGAGUGAAAUUUUAAAGUACAAUUUCAAUAGUAGUAACCAAAAGUAUUAUUAA